CACUUUGCCACCACUAAUGCUCAACAUGCAGAAUGCACAAUGCGUGAGCUACACGGUUUGCGCAGGCUGCGCAGGCUGCACAGGCUGACAGGUAGCUUAAUUUGAUAAGGGGUAGUAGGCUUCAAAUAUAAUUCAUACCCUCGAACCCAUCAACUUGUCUUACCUACCUAUGUACCUUUUAUUCCUUUCGUUAAGGUUCGUCAUUCCCGACUUACAUACGACAGGUACAAGGUAAGUAACGGCAGUCGGGGAAAAACAGGUGAUCUCGGACCUGCACGGUUAGACAGCCGAGAUUGAUAAAACCGAUAAAAAGGGGGACCCGCUGUACAUGCCUUCAUGCACUGACAAUGGAAUGAUGACGGACCACUGAAAGAUCCAACGCGCCAAAAGUCAAAACUUUAUCUUAUUCAUAAUCCUCAGAGUUGAGACUCCCUAAAUUAAUUCAACCCCCUAACCUACAGCUUUUCAAGUAACCUUACACUCCUUACUCCUUCGCGACGAUCCUUUUUUAACACAACCCGCUACGCGUCCUGGUAAAUUGGUAAACUCUUAACCAGCAGCACAACUUUAUCCAUCUCGCUUGUUUUUUCCCUCAAUUAUACCAUCUUCUGCGCUUGGCCUCACCGUCAUGGCUACUAAUAUAACGUCCAACACGGACCUCCCACCACUUCCGUCUUACGAAGCCGUCGUGGCGCCAGACUUAAUACCAUGGCUGCCCGACUUCUACUUGUCUCUCCUCGCGCCCACCAUCGCGUACUGGGUCGUCUCCAUCUUCUUCCACAUAAUUGACACCCUAGACCUUUUCCCGCAAUACCGCCUGCACACUCCCGCCGAGAUUGCGCAGCGGAAUAAGGCCUCGCGAUUCGAGGUCCUUCGCGAUGUUCUCUUCCAACAGGUUAUUCAAGGCUUCAUGGCCCUCUUCCUGAACGAGACUGAUGCGCCGCAAUAUACUGGUAUGGAGGACUACGACGUUGCCGUCUGGGCGACGAGAGUUCGUCUAGCGCAGAGAGCUCUUCCGACCGUACUCGGCGUCCUAGGAAUCAAUGCUGCUACAAUCUCUAAGAAUAUGGCCGUGUCUCAUCCGUUCCUCGCUGGCGCCCUUGCUGGCGGUCACUACCCUUUCCUCACCUCCGAGCUUGCCGGACCAGACGGAGCUCUGGUACCCGCUUUCGCCACUUGGGAGCUCUUAGUCGCCAAGGCUAUCUACUGGGCUAUCAUCCCGGGGUUCCAGCUCUUUGUCGCUGUCACCGCCUUAGAUACUUGGCAAUACUUCCUUCACCGAUUGAUGCACCAAAAUAAGUGGCUCUACACUACGUUCCACUCGAGGCACCACCGACUCUACGUCCCUUACGCUUACGGAGCUUUGUACAACCACCCGUUCGAGGGAUUCCUUCUCGACACGGUCGGCGCAGGCCUUGCGUAUAAGGUCGCGUUUAUGACGCCCAGGCAGGGAAUAUUUUUCUGGGUCAUGUCUUCGAUCAAGACCGUCGAUGACCACUGCGGAUAUGCCUUGCCCUGGGACCCGCUUCAGCACAUCACUUCGAACAACGCCACAUACCACGAUAUUCACCACCAGAGCUGGGGCAUCAAGACAAACUUUGCGCAACCAUUCUUUACCUUCUGGGAUAGAUUUUUGGGCACCAUGUGGCACGGCGACACGACGCUGAAAUACGAACGAUCGAGGACCAAGGCCCAAGAGUUCGUAGAGGCAGAAGCUAAAAAGGCAUCCGCAAAGGCCCAGUAGAUGCCUUGCCGCGCGCACCGAUUUGGUGCACACAUUCGUUGUAUUAUCCUAGGGACGUUCGUUACUUUUCAUUUCCAAGGCGCGACAAGGUAUUCUGGAUUGAAUCGGCCGAAGUGGCAUGAGAUGUGUACACACUCGGGGAGCAUGGGAAGGGCGUUUACUCGAGUCGUUAGCACUAUGACUCGACAGUUGUUGUUUUUUUAGGGGGUGUCGGGUCGCGUUUCGAUGCCGUACCGUUUGCAACGUUCGAAUUAUGUACGCGUUUGAAUGUUACACCAGGCUAUGCGCAUCGACAGGCACGAUUAAUGCGGGAAAUGAAGAGCUAAUUUAGGUGGUGCGGAUGUGAGCAAAGGCGUUGGCGUUGGAUGAUGCUGGCAAAAUUAGGAUGCGCAGUACCGCGACUGUAGACAGCCGCUGCUACGGCUUUCCAUACUUAAUCUUAAUACCACUCACACUCGAUCGCUACAAUUAUCGGACUUUUAGUACCCAGGGAACGUAAUCCUUCGCGAGCUUCCCCCCACGGCUUGGACGUUAUUAAAGCUGAGUAAUUACCUAAUAUGUAGCUACGUAAUAGCAUUGGUUCUUCUCA